AUGAAGUUAUUCUUUCCGGUAUUUUUGGUGUUUGCCCACUUGACUUGCGUUGUCCACGCAGCCCAAUACUUGGGAACCUCGUCUCUUUUGACAUGUAUGGACAACUCCCAGUUCACCGCUUCACAUUUCGAUGUCAAGUAUUACCGUCAUAACCGAAGCGUUGUGUUUGAUGUCUCCGCUAUUAGUAAUAUCAACGCCAAAAUUGGUGCUAAUAUUAACUUGAUUGCUUAUGGACUCAACAUCGUGCAAAAAAACAUCAGUUUCUGUGACCUUGGCUACGCUCCCGUUUGUCCUCUUACAACAGGUCACUUGGAGUUGUCUUCAUCAUACAAAAUCAGUAAAUCGAUUUCAAAACAAAUUCCAGGUGUGGCUUUCACGAUUCCUGAUCUCGAUGCUAGAGUCAGGGUCGUUCUUUACGAUUUGAAAUCAGGCGCAAGUUUGGCAUGUGUGGAGGCUGCGCUUACCAAUGGAAAAACCGUCCAGACAAAGUAUGCUGCUUGGCCUAUCGCAGCGGUGUCUGGUUUAGGGUUAAUUACAUCGGGUGUCGUGUCAGUCAUUGGCCAUUCCAAUACUGCUGCUCACAUUGCUUCCAACUCGAUGUCUCUUUUCGUUUACUUCCAGUCGUUAGCCAUCACAUCAAUGAUGGCAGUGGCUAAAGUACCUCCAAUUGCCGCAGCUUGGGCUCAGAACUUCCAGUGGUCCUUGGGUCUUAUUAGGGUCGGUUUCGUCCAAAAUAUCGCCAACUGGUACGUCCAGGCUACAGGCGGUACCUCCACUGAUAUUAUUCGUGCCCUGCAUCUCUCCAUUUCUGUUCAGAAGAAAAUGAAGAGAUCCAUUGACUACUUGAAUCAGCUUGUGGAAAAGACCAAGUACAAUAACCAAAUGAUAUUGUUUGACAAAAGAGAUGGAAUCACUUUGGACUCUGACAACUUCGGUUUGUCUGAUAACUUAGAUCCCAAGUUGUACACAACAGAUGAGAAAGACCCUGAUUUGAGUUCACGUAUUCUUGUUCUUCGUGGAGUUCAGAGGGUGGCGUACUUGGCCAAAAUUGAAAUCACUGAACUCUUUAUGACCGGUAUUAUGUUUACCAUAUUCUUCGGAUUCGUCAUGGUGGUUUGCUUGAUGCUUUUCAAGGCUGUGAUCGAAAUUUGCAUCAGAUCAAAGAUCAUGAACGAGGGUAAAUUUAACGAGUACAGACAACAAUGGUCGUUUAUUAUCAAGGGUGCUUUGUACCGAUUGUUAUUGGUUGCAUUCCCACAAAUUGCAGUUCUUUGCCUUUGGGAAUUCUACGAACAUGAUUCAGCAGGAACUAUCAUCGUUGCAGUGUUCAUGUUGGCAGUGUCUCUUGUUCUUUUGUGCCUGGCCACCAUUAGGGUUGCUAUCCUUGGAAGGCAAUCUGUUAAGCAGUUCAAGAACCCUGCUUACUUGCUUUUCGGUGAUGGUGAGUUCUUGAAUAAGUUUGGUUUCAUCUACGUUCAGUACCGUGCUGAUUGCUAUUACUUCAUUGGCUUCACAUUGAUCUACGUAUUCCUCAAGUCCUUAUUUGUUGCUGUGUUGCAAACACAUGGAAAAGUACAGUCGCUUAUCGUGUUUGUGAUAGAAUUGGUUUAUAUGGUGUUGGUAUGUGUCUUCCGUCCGUUCAUGGAUAAGAGAACAAAUGCUUUCAACAUCACAAUUGCAGUCAUCAAUACGAUCAAUGCCUUGUUCUUUGUGUUCUUUUCUUAUGUGUUCAAGCAACCUCAGAUUGUGGCCUCGGUCAUGGCCAUUGUAUACUUCAUCAUGAAUGCGGUAUUUGCCUUGUUUUUGCUUUUGUUCACCAUCAUCACCUGUGUUUUGGCAUUGUUAUACAAGAACCCCGACACGCGUUACCAGCCUAUGAAGGACGACCGUGUUUCUUUUAUUCCAAGAUUUGACCGUCCUCAGGGUGCCGCUGAUGGUAAGAUCAAUGAGAGGGAAGACGAUAUGGAAUUGAUGGCUUUGGGUGCAACAGCAAUGAAAGGCCACGAGCAUAGUGGAAAGCCUGUCCAGUACGAAGAUGAAAGCGUAUACGAUGAGGAAUCCUCCUUCCAUGAUCAAACUAAAAAUCAUCAGAACCAAUUCAAGUCCAACGUCUAUAAUGACGACUCUUCGAACUCGAAGAGGGAUUCGUACUAUCUUGAGUCAUUUGAGCCAACGCAACCAACUUCCACAAUUGUUGGCAACCCUAACACUGCCAUGGGUGGAUACAACAAAGCGUACGGCAACCCUCAACAACAACGAGGAAAUCGGGUGAACUUCAUGUGA